GUAACAACGACGAAGAGGUAACAUUUUAUCCUACUUUUUCCCUCACCUCGAGCGCAUCUUCGAACGACACGCAGCAAGACGGAGCGCAUUGUCUAGCUUCUCACAGACUCGAUAGCGAAACACCACAUAGUCAGCUCAGCGUCGAUAAUCACCUGAGUACGACAUCCA